GGCACGGGUCACGGCCACCUCUCGCCCCUCAGGCUCCAUCUGGCCGCGGCCGGGGGUCUCACCGAAUGCCUGACGCUGCUGCUGGAGCACGGGGCCCCCGUCAAUGACAGGAACGAUGAUGGUAGGUGGGGACACCUUGGGGACACCUUGGGGACACCUUGGGGACACCCAGCCAGGUCCCUGUGUCACCUUUGGAGGAGCCCAGACCUGCACCCCAAGGCAGGGCAAGGAUCCCCGGGAGCACCCUGGGGAGUGUUCCCAAGGAGGGGGUGUCCCCAAGGAGGGGGUGUCCCUUGAUGGAGCGGGGUGUCCCCUGGGGGUGUCCCCAAGGAGGGGGUGUCCCGUGGGGGUGUCCCCAGUGCCCGGCCCGGUCCCCACAGGUAGCACCGCCCUGCACUUGGCCACCAUCGCCUGCCAGCCCCAGUGCGUGAAGGUGCUGCUGCAGCACGGAGCCAACGAGCGCCACGUGGACGGGCAGAACCGGACACCGCUGCACUGGGCCGCCUCCUCGGGCUGCGCCUCCAGCAUCCUCCUGCUCUGCGACCACGACGCCCCGCUGGAUGUCCCCGACACUCACGGCCAGACCCCCCUGAUGCUGGCGGCGCGGGGGAACCACGCGGCCGCUUGUGCCCAGCUCCUGCGGCGCGGGGCCGAGCCCGGGCUGGCCGACAGGGACGGCAGGACAGCGCUGGAGCUGGCGCUGGCUCACGGCAGCCUGGAAGCGGCCGAGCUGCUGCAGAGCCACCAGAAGGACAAAGACACUGGGAAUGUCACCGGGAAUGUCACCGGGAAGGCCCCGAGCUGGGCUCUCCGGAAGGUCCCGCACUGCGUGGGGAGAGCAGAGAAUGGUGCUGGACAGGUGGGAAUCCAGGGCGAGGAGGAGGAGGAGGAGGCCGAGGAGCAGCGGGACGGACGCGCUGCCCGGCGGCUGCGGGAGGAGCUGGUGAGGAAGACUCUGGAAUGCCGGCGGCUGGAGGAAGCUGCCGGGGGCAUCCGGCGGCGGCUGCGGGAGCUCCUGCGGCUCCUGCCGGGACGGGAUGCGGGGGAGGAGGAGGAGGAGGAUGAGGAGGAUGACGGCGCCUGCCUGGAGCUCCUGGCCCGGCGCGUGGCGGAGCUGAGGAAGAGGACGAGGGAUGAAGAGGGGGAAGGAGGACACGGCAACGCCGAGGCUCCGGCGCUGAUCCCGUUCCUGGCCUGGCUGGGAGAGGAGUGCUCCAAAAUGCAGGAAGCGAAGGCCGGCGCCUUCUGCCGGAGCCAGGAGCUGCAUCGGGAAGCAGAGGAUUCCCUCCGCGACGAGGCCGUGGGCCGGAGCGCGGCCGCCUGGGAAGAGCUGGCGGCGGGGCUGGAGCAGGCGCUGGACCACCAGGACCAGAUCCAUGCCAGGAUACUCCAGGAAUCCCAAAUCCUCCUGGAAAAGCUCCGUCGGGAGCCGGCGGCAGCGUGCCGGUGCGCGGUGAACGGCGCGGAGCCGGCUGCGGGUGGGAAGAGACGGGACGAGAUGCCGAGGGAGAGCGGGAGGAUGGAGAAGGAGCUGCUGGAGCUGCGCGAGGGCAACGGGAAGCUCCUGGUGGAGCUGGCGCGGCUGGGCCGGGAGCGGGAGCGGCUGCAGCAGGAGCUGCGGGAGCUGCGGGAUCCCGGGAAGCGGGACGAGGCUUGGCGGCUGCGCCGGGAGCUGCGGGCGCUGCGGGACGGGGUCGGAGCGCGGGGUGCGGGAGGCGGGAGGCGACGCCGGGGCCGGAAUCCUCCGGGAUCUGCACCGGCGGCUGGACGCGCUGGUGCGCUCGCAGCACGAGGCCCUGCAGCUCAUCACGGAGAUGGAGGGAGAGGCCGGAGAAAGCCCCCGGAGCGACGGGGAGAGCGGGAUACCGGGAGCGGCCGUGCGUGCCGACGAGCCGCGGGGCCCGGAGCGCGGGGCCGGCACCGCCGCUGUCCCAGCGGAGCCGCCGGGGCCGGAGGCGGAGCGGUGGCGGGAGGCGGCCGGGAGGGAGCGGGAGCUGCGGGAGCUGCGGGAGAAGGCGGAAGGGCUGGAGCGCAGCCUGGGAGCGCUGCGGGAACGCGCGGCUCGGCUGGAGCGCGCCUGCCGGGAUAAGGAUGGGAAGCUGAAGCAGCUGCUGGCGGAGACGGAGAAACUCUCGGCCGAGGUGUUGGGGCUGCGGGGCCGGAGCGCUCGGCUCCAGCUCCAGCUGG